UUUUAGAAGUUCGUCUUUUGCUCGAAUAAAGAAAAAACUAGGAAAAAGUUUGGAUAGAUAUGUCGAAUCAAAAGCCGAGUUUAAGGUUUGAGAUAGAAAACUUCUCGGAGCAGGACAAUAUCAUAGCGUCUGACACAUUCGUGAGCGGCGGAUGCGAAUGGUAUAUCUUCGUUGGCCCCAACGGAGAUUGUGCUGCUGAUAGUCACUUGUCUUUGUCCCUGCAACUUGAAGAUUCUACACCGCUGCGAGGUGGAGUUAAACGGAGUUUUAAUUUUUACUUCGUUUUGUUGAAUCAAUCCAACAAAGAGCUCUACAGAUCAACAACUGGACAUUUACAAGCACGCAACAUGGCUUGCGGUUGGAAUUCAGAAGGGUGGAUCUACGAGAAGACAUUGCCUUUAAGCAAGUUUCAGGAAAAGGGGUUUUUGGAGAAGGACAAACUCAUCAUUGAAUUCUACAUUCAAGUUGUAUCCAACAAGAAGAAUAAAAACAAGACUGUUGAUAUCAACGGUUUUCAAGUUUUAGCUUCUCAGGUUACUAAAGUGAGAAAGAUAUUCACAGCACACCCAGACAUUGCUUUAGAUUUCAAACCAACGAUACAAGAGGUGAAGACAGCAUACAUGAACGUCCUCCUCAGGGUCAUUAAAACACUUCAUAAGCCUCCAAAAAGCCUUUCAGAGACUAGACUGAGCAAGGCUAGUAGCGAGUUGAGUGAGUUAAUGAAGGUAGGUUUCAAGCUGGACUGGUUGAGGUUAAAGCUUGAUGGGGUUUCUUUGGAGAGGAAAAAAACAGAUGUUGAUGCGUCUCAGGUCCAACAAGUAGAGGAACGUGUCAAGAAAUUUGAGAGGAAGAAAGCAGAUGAUACUAAUGUGUCUCGUGCCAAAAAAGUAGAGGAACGUGUCAAGAAUCCUGAGCUGAUGGAACUGAGCUUGAAGCUUGACUCUUUGAAUACAAAGCUUAAUGAGGUUUCCUUGGAGAGGAAGAAAGCAUAUGAUACUAAUGAGUCUCGUGCUACACAAGUAGAGGAACGUGUCAAGAAUCUUGAGCUGAUGGAACUGAGCUUGAAGUAUGACUCUCUGAAUACAAAGCUUGAUGAGGUUUCCUUGGAGAGGAAGAAAAAAGAUGAUACUAAUGAUUCUCGUGCUAAACAAGUAGAGGAACGUGUCAAGAAUCUUGAGCUGAUGGAACUGAGCUUGAAGUUUGAUUCCUUGGAAAGGAAGAAAGCAUCUGAUGCUAAUGAGUCUCGUGCCAGGCAAGUAGAAAAACGUGUCAAGAAUCUUGAGCUGAUGGAUGUGGAACUUAAUAAGUGUUGUAAGUCGAACCUUGAUGACUUGUCGUGGAAAAAAUCAUAUGAUGUUAUUUUCUUUAAAGAAAUCGAGGAUCGUGUCAUGGGUAUAGAGUUCAAGCUGGAAAGCUUGAAUACAAAGCUUGAAGAGAUCUCUAAGGAGAAUAAGAAAGCUGAUGAUGCUGAUGGUUCUCUGGUCCAACAACUCGAGGAAAGCGUCAAGAACAUUGAGUUGAUGGUCUCGCAUCUCAAAGUUGAACUUGAAAAGAAAAAGAACAUAUCUUCUGCUGAUGGGUUUCUGCUGGUCGACUAAGUUUUUUGACCUAGAAUCAAGUUAUUAGUUUAUUAGGUUUUCUUCAGAAGACACUACUGCGGUUUCACGAUUUUUUUAAUAUCAUUUUAAUGCUCUGCUUUCUGAAUUCCUAAUAGUCUAGUGAUUCAGCAUGGUUAUGUUGCUUAACGUUGCAAGCUAACUUAUGUUCAGUUUACCUUUUG